GACGCAGUGUCAAUUAUACAUUGUGACCUAGAAGGAUGGCCUCGUGAAAAUAGCUUAUUUCUGCUGCUGUAAUUGCAUGUUGAUGUGGUCAUUGAGGCAUUUCCUUAUGCAUAUGCUACGAUAAUCAUAAACAUUUUCAUAUAUGAUAUGCCCAACUAAGGUCAAACAACGAUAUACUUAUAAGCCCUAUAUACAGCUCGGCACAUAAGUCAUCAAAAGUGAAAUAACUGUCUUGUCUUUUGUUGAAGACGGAAGUCUUUUGUUGAAGACGGAAACGGGACUGUUUUGAUAGCUUGUCAAAUACAAGAGGAAUACAAUAACGGAACAAUUUAGAGACCGGGCAGUGCCUGCGGAAAAUGAAAAUGCCAGUGUCCUCAAGACCAGUGCCGACACUCAACUCCCAUUCAUGCUCAUGAAGUGGCCAGUGCCCGAUUCCUUCCUCAAGCACGCCGCUCAUUGGUCGCCCGUGCGCCGUCGUUGACACUUGGCUCAUCGAGCACCUAGCUGCAGUCAGACGCACUGCUCCGUGGCGGCUGAACCUGUGAUAUAUGUAUUCAAACGUGCUGUUAUACACAGACCCACCUGGUAAUUCCGAUAUUCACCCUGCAAUCAUGGUAUCGCAUGGACGCAGUACGUGCUGAUUGCCUUUACCCAUCUUUACUGGAAUACAGCGUCCCACCAGGAAAAUGCAAAGUCUUUAGUGCCGAGUUGGAAAUUGUUCGCAAGAGUUUCUAAUUUUCUCAUUGGAAGGCCAAGGCUUCUUCGUACAGUAGUCCUGUCGAUUCAAGACUACCACAAUGGCUGGGAGAUGCAAAACGAUGAGUGUAAUAGAAUCAAAAUUAAUAGCUCACAACACACUGCGGAGUCUGGUGUUAUUUUGUGUUAUAUUCUCAGCAAAUUGUGGACCACCAGAGACCUUCACGUAUGAUGGGCAAGUCCAAGAUGGACACCCGUUAAAAACAUCCACAGAUCUCUUCAUGGACCCCUGCAAAGCUGAUGGAUAUUUAGGUGAUAUAGCUUUAAGUAAAAGUGAAUACGAAACAGCCUCCGCGUUGCGGGAGGAAUUAGACUCUAAUGAUGCCAAAUUGGCUAAAAAACCUAAUGAAUUUAUAGAAGUAACUACUCAAACAAAUUCUGAUUCAUUAUAUGAAUUGCCAAAAAUAUCUGUGAAUAAAGACUUUGCGCGCAAUUUUGAAGAAAAACGUCGACAACGAAAGAAGGAUCGCAGACGGCGGAGAAGAAAACAGCGUCGACGAAAUCAUCGGCUGGACAGACGACGCCGGAUACGGGGCAGAAGAUCAGUUGAUGACAACUUAAUCGAUGCUGAUUUCCAGACGGGUACUUUAGAGGAUAUCUCAGAUUUUGAAGAAAUAAACAAAGCCGAAUUCGAUAAUGAUGAUGUUGUUGAUGACAGUGGUGGAGAAGGUGCUGAUUCUGACGUCAUUGGUCACGUGAGACUCAAACGUGCUGCGACCGCCAGGUCUGAGCGGCUUUGGGAUCAUGCAGUCAUACCCUAUGAAAUCGAAGCUAACUUUAGUGGAGCUCACAAAGCAUUGUUCAAACAGGCCAUGAGACAUUGGGAGAACUUCACGUGUGCUGUAUUUGUAGAGAGGAGUCCAGAUGAUUAUAAUUACAUCAUAUUCACUGAGCGAGCAUGUGGAUGUUGUUCAUUCGUUGGCAAACGAGGCAACGGUCCACAAGCCAUCUCGUUAGGGAAGAACUGCGACAAGUUUGGUAUUGUGGUGCACGAGCUCGGUCACGUGAUAGGGUUUUGGCACGAGCACACGCGGCCUGACCGGGACGAGAACGUCGAUAUCAUCGACAAAAACAUCAUGACUGGCCAAGAAUAUAAUUUCAACAAGUUGACAGCUGCUGAUGUGAAUUCUUUAGGGGAACCCUACGAUUAUGCUUCCAUUAUGCACUACGCGAGGAAUACCUUCUCCAGGGGGACAUACGUGGAUACCAUCUUGCCCAAACUCAAACCGCACAUGUCGAAACGACCGGAGAUAGGGCAACGUAUCAAGUUGAGUCCCGGAGAUAUAGCACAGGCAAAUAAGCUGUAUUCAUGUCCAAGAUGCGGCCGAACUUUCCAGGACUCAACAGCCACAUUCUCAUCUCCCAAGUCCGACCCCUCGAGAAGCCAGACUUGCCAGUGGAGGAUUUCAGCUACCCAUGGCGAGAAGAUGGUCCUCAACAUCACCAUGAUAGACAUUCCUGAGUCCCCUGACUGUCACUCGGAUUAUCUGGAGAUCAGGGAUGGGCAUUGGUUGAAAUCACCGUUACUUGGUCGAUUUUGCGGCAACGGGAAGUUACCGGGGACCCUGAUAUCGAGUGACAGCAGAAUGUGGAUAGAGUACCACAGAGAGAAGGGCAGCCUGGGCUCAGGCUUUACAGCAAGUUACGAAGCUGUUUGCGGUGGGGAAAUCAUAAAGGAAGAAGGUCAGCUUACAAGUCCCAACUACCCCGACUAUUACAAGCCCAGCAAGGAAUGCAUCUGGAAGAUCACAGUCCAGGAGGGUUACUCUGUCGCACUCAGGAUCCAGUCACUCGAGAUUGAGAACCAUGAUAACUGCGUGUAUGAUUACCUGGAGGUCCGUGACGGUCACUCUGACGACUCCGCACUCAUUGGUCGGUUCUGUGGCUAUAAGAUGCCCGACGACAUCAAGUCAACGUCAAAUAAACUCUACGUCAAGUUCGUGUCGGAUGGAUCAGUACAGAAGGCUGGCUUUGUUGCUCAGUUCAUCAAAGAAUAUGAUGAGUGUUUGACCGAUGACCACGGUUGUGAGCAUGACUGCGUGAACACACUGGGAGGAUACCGCUGUGAGUGCAAGAUUGGGUACGAGCUGCACCCCGAUGGCAAGAAAUGUGAAGAUGCUUGUGGAGGUUACAUCGACGCUACCAAUGGAUCCCUCCAGACACCAUCCUACCCCGAUCUGUACCCAAGCAAUAAGAAUUGUGUGUGGCAGAUUGUCGCACCAAAACUCUACAGGAUUAUACUCAACUUUACACAUUUUGAUCUCGAGGGAAAUAAUCAUGAUUGUGAAUAUGACUCGGUUGAGAUCAGAAGUGGCCUGGGGACAGAAGCGACCCAGCAUGGCACUUACUGCGGCUCGACCAUCCCGAAUCCCAUCACAUCUGAGGGCAGCUCUCUCAGAAUCGAAUUCAACUCGGACAAUUCCGUGCAGAAGACAGGCUUCCAUGCCGUGUUCCUGACCGACAAAGAUGAGUGUGCCACGGACAAUGGUGGGUGUCAACACAUCUGCAAGAAUAUGAUUGGGAGCUAUGAGUGUGCCUGUCACAAUGGUUACACCCUCCACCUCAACAAACACGACUGCAAGGAGGGAGGUUGUCAGCAUCGCAUCACCAGCUCUCAGGGUGAAAUCACUAGCCCUAACUGGCCCGAUAACUACCCCAGCAGGAAAGACUGUGUCUGGUCGUUCACUGCCGCUGAUGGACAUAGAAUAAAAUUGAUAUUCAAUGACUUUCAACUAGAACCUCAUCAGGAAUGCAACUACGAUCACAUCGAGUUGUUUGAUGGUCUAAACGGGAAGUCCCGGAGUCUGGGCAGUUACUGUGGCAGUAAGGUACCAGACCCUAUCACCGCCAGCGGGAACGAAAUGUAUAUGGUAUUCUACUCAGAUGCAUCAGUUCAGAGGAAGGGAUUCCACGCUACUCACACAACUGUUUGUGGUGGCCGUCUCGUAGCUUCGUCGUCAGUCAAGGAGCUCUUUUCGCACGCGAAAUAUGGCGACCAGAGUUAUGAAAACAAGCAAGAUUGUGAUUGGGUGAUAGAGGCUCCAGGGGAGUUUACCAUUCGCUUUAAAUUCUUGACGUUUGAGGUGGAGGAUGAAGUGGAUUGUGGGUAUGAUUAUGUAGAUGUGUAUGAUGGAGAGACAGAUCAUUCUAGGCUUAUCAAUAGAUACUGUGGAUCGAAGCCACCUCCAGAAAUCACCUCAAGCGGGUCCAGCCUUCUGGUGCGGUUCAAAUCAGACGACACGAUCGGUUGGAAAGGAUUUUCUGCGGCUUAUGUCUUGUCUAACUCAGGUCAUCUGUCAAAGAACUCCAUGGACACAAUAGGGUCAGCCAUAAUCGUGACUGAGCCCCGAGACACCUAAGGUGCUGUUAGUGACAUCGUGAUGGACACUUUUGGGGCGUCAGUUGAUGCAGGAUAUUUGGUAAUGGAUUGAUUUUGAGUGUCUAUUGCUCCUUUAAUUGUGAAGGUGUCGUCACUAAGGCCAAUGUUGGAAUCGUAGGACCAAUGUUACGUUCUGCAAAUGAAAUGGACGAUAAGCCCGUUAUUACAUCAAAAUAUGGGACAACCUUUUCGUUGGAGAUUUGCUCUUUAAUGACUUUCGGAGUUUUAUUCGGUGGGUGAACGACUGCCAGUUACUGUACAAGUACUCUCAUUACUCAGUCAUUCUGUAGGUGACGGAAUUAAUUGCAAUUCUGGCUGUUUCACAUGUGCAGUGGAUAGAAUAGACUAGGAUGAAGCUUUGCACAUCAAUGUUGGCAGGAGACUUUUUAGUGAGACUGGAAUCUGCUCUUCAAUUAUAUCUGUUUGUAAAUAUUAUUCAAUGUGAAACAAUAAUUUGGCCUGUCAUCAGGUUGUGCCUGGACCAGGAGUUUUAAAAAAUGCACAUUUAUAGACGGAUUUAGAAGUCAAUGCACACGUCCUUUUUGGACUGCCAAAGUUAAUUAAAAUAUAUUGUAUAUCCAUAAGAAAAAAAAUCGUCAAAGGGCUCGGAUGAAGAAAAAUAUAUUUACUCAAUUUGCAUAUCUCUAACAUCGAGAUUGCGCUGGAUCCCAAAACUAGAUCUUGGAAGAAAUCGGCUGAGAUUUUGCACAGUGGCCCACUAAAAGGAUGUGGACAUUUACUUCUGAAGCCAUCUAUGAAUAUCUGUACAGAAGGCAAAAGUAUAAAUAUUUUACAUUCUCCUUGACGUGGUAGUUGGAAACAGUGUCUGUGUUAUAUAUAGUUUUAAUGUCUCAAGAGGUCCCUGGUACAAAUGUAGAUUGGGCCUAAAAAAUACCUAACCGUAAAUUUUAACAUGUAACACAGUAGUCAACGGGUCGGUAGCUAGCAGGUCCUCAUAUCAUAUCAUAUUAAAAGUGGCCGAGUUGAAACUUUAACUCCGUAAUGUGGAUGUUUCAGUAUAGUAAAAGAGUUUUAUCCAUUUAUCAACAAUUCACACCGACGGACACGCACAUAAUGCCGUUACUAGGACGAUAUGCUAGGGUUUUACCAGUAUUACAUAUGUAUUUCAUCAAUGUGUUUACCGAAUUAUCAUAUCAAAUGUAAUGGUAUAUUAAUGUUUUAUUGUCAGAUUACAAUGUAGUAGAAAAACAAGUAAAAGUAUUUACCAGUAAUCUGUGACCACAGUGUUACAAAUCAAA